AGGGAACAGCUUUUUAACUGGUUUGAAGAAAAAUUUCUGAAAACUCGAGACGACCUGGCAAGGUUACGAAGUGAUGGCAGUUUGAUGUUUGAACAAGUGCCUAUGGUAGAAAUUGAUGGAAUGAAGCUGGUGCAGACCAAAGCCAUUCUCAACUACAUUGCCAGCAAAUACAACCUCUAUGGGAAGGACAUGAAAGAGAGAGCCAUCAUUGACAUGUACACAGAAGGUGUGGCGGAUCUGGAGAUAAUGGUUCUCUAUUACCCCCACAUGCCCUCUGGGGAGAAAGAGGCAAGCCUUGCCACGAUCAAGGACAGAGCAAGGAACCGUUACUUCCCCGCCUAUGAAAAGGUGUUGAAGAGCCAUGGACAAGAUUAUCUUGUUGGCAAUAGGCUGAGCAGGGCUGAUGUUUCCCUGGUUGAACUUCUCUACCAUGUGGAAGAGCUGGACCCGGGUGUUGUGGACAACUUCCCUUUGCUGAAGGCCCUGAGAACCAGAGUCAGCAACCUCCCCACAGUCAAGAAGUUUCUUCAGCCUGGGAGCCAGAGGAAGCCUUUUGAUGAUGCAAAAUGUGUGGAAUCAACAAAAAAGAUUUUCAGUUAAUUCAGGCAGCUAUGGAUACAUUGCUCCCACAAAGCCAGCCUUCUAAAGCUUUGCAUCACACUGAAGUGUUUUGACUAAAUGUUGACCUUUCUUACUGGGAGGCUAACGAGUUUUCUGAGGCUGCCGUGUUAAUUCAUACAGACAUGACUGAGGAGGAGUGGCUGGGAUGCUGUCUAGUUGUAGUUAAAACUGAAAAUUGAUCACUUCCUUGGAUAUUUUCCUACUGUUCAAUAAAACAAAACAAGCUUCUUAGA